AUUCCUCCAAGUCGCUUCCAAACUGAAGUACAAUUUAAACAGUGUGUUUUUAUGUUUUUGCUAGAAAAUGCAAUACGCUUGUUCACUCUUGCCGCGGAAGCUCCAGCAGUUAAGCUUUUCUAACUGCCCACAGCUAAUGCGAGCUUUAACGACGACAACAUCGUCGACAACAACAACAACAAAAUCAUCACCGUCGCCGGCAAAGAAGUUUUUACGCUCUGCCUUACCGUACACGAUCAGACGAUAUUCGAGCGUUAAGGGCGAUAAUUCAGCAGAAACAAAUUCGCGAUCGAAAAUGACGGAUCAACAAUUAUUACAAACUAACCUGGAGACAAGUGAUCCCGAAUUGGCGGCGAUCAUUAAGAAGGAGAAGGAACGCCAACGUGAAGGUCUCGAGAUGAUUGCCAGUGAGAACUAUACCUCAGUGGCUGUAUUGGAUUGUUUGAGCUCUUGUCUGACCAACAAGUAUUCCGAGGGCUAUCCUGGCAAAAGGUAUUAUGGUGGCAAUGAGUACAUCGAUAUGGUGGAAUUGCUGGCCCAAGCUCGUGGACGUGAGCUGUUCAAUUUGGAUGCAGAUAAAUGGGGCGUUAAUGUACAACCAUAUUCCGGUUCACCGGCCAAUUUGGCUGUCUACACAGGCGUCUGUCGUCCCCAUGAUCGUAUUAUGGGUCUCGAUUUGCCCGAUGGCGGUCAUUUGACACACGGCUUUUUCACGCCCACCAAAAAGAUAUCGGCCACGUCGAUAUUCUUUGAGAGCAUGCCAUACAAAGUGAAUCCCACAACCGGAAUCAUUGACUAUGACAAAUUGGCCGAAGCAGCCAAAACAUUCCGUCCCCAGGUUAUAAUUGCUGGCAUUUCGUGCUAUUCGCGUCUGCUCGAUUAUAAGCGUUUCCGUGAGAUUUGCGAUGAUGUUGGUGCCUAUCUGAUGGCCGAUAUGGCUCAUGUGGCUGGUUUGGUGGCAGCUGGUCUGAUCCCCUCACCGUUUGAGUAUGCCGACAUUGUGAGCACCACAACCCACAAGACUUUGCGUGGCCCCCGCGCCGGUGUCAUCUUCUUCCGCAAGGGAGUGCGCAGCACCAAACCGAAUGGCGACAAAGUGCUCUACGAUCUGGAGGAGCGCAUCAAUCAGGCUGUAUUCCCUGCCCUGCAAGGUGGACCGCAUAAUAACGCCAUCGCUGGCAUUGCUACGGCCUUCAAGCAGGCCAAAUCGCCCGAGUUCAAGGAAUAUCAGACCCGUGUCAUCAAGAAUGCCAAGGUCCUGUGCAAGGGUCUUAUCGAGAAGGGUUAUGUAGUGGCCACCGGUGGCACUGAUGUCCAUCUCGUGUUGGUGGAUGUUCGCACCGCGGGUCUAACCGGUGCCAAGGCUGAAUAUAUUCUGGAAUUGGUGGGCAUUGCCUGCAAUAAGAACACCGUACCGGGCGAUAAGUCCGCCCUGAAUCCAUCGGGCAUUCGUCUGGGUACACCUGCUCUGACCACACGUGGUCUUAAUGAAAAGGACAUCGAACAGGUUGUCUCCUUCAUUGAUGAGGCCCUCAAAGCUGGUGCGGAGGCAGCCAAAGCAGCCGCUGGCCCCAAAUUGGCCGAUUAUCACAAGGUUUUCAAUGACAACGAGAAGAUCAAGAACAAAGUCAAUGAUAUUCAUCAACGUAUCAUUGCCUUUACAAAGACUUUCCCACUGCCCGGAUUGGAUGUUCUGUAAACGUGUUAGUGUUGGCUAACUUGUUCUUUUUUCACUCAUUUUGUUCACUUGCUCACUUGUUCACUAUUCAUUCACAGUUGUGCAGUUGAAACUGAACAUGUUCAGUUGCUCAGUUUAGUGAGCGACUUUUUUUCUGUUCAACACUAAUAAACAUGGUCUUUGUUUUUAUA